CUUUUAUAUGUUUAGUUGCACUAAUAAUAAGAGUUCUAGAUGCAAAAAAUAAAGUGAUGUAGACCCAAGGUAUGGCUACAGUAUUCCUAUGGCAUCUGUUAGCCAAAAAUUAAUUAACUUCUUGAAGGUUAACAAAUUAUAUCGUUGAUUUGGCAGAUAUCAUUUUCCACUAAAAAGUGAUGGUUGCGCAUGAGAGCUUACCUGCAGCAAAUUCAUGGUUUAUUCUUCUUUUACACCUGUUUCUUUAGUAGAAAAUUAAGAUUUAUAUUAAUUGUCUGUUCGCUGGUGAAAUCUGGAAGAGAUUCCAUGAUUACCACCAAGUAAGAUAAUGGACUAUCCAUAUAAUUGUAAUAGGUUUGGAGAAAAUAACCAUACUUCAUCAUCAUCUUUACUAUUGGACGAAUAUUUAAUCUUUUUAAUAAAGCAUCAUUAAAGGAGAAUAUAUACCCACCAUUUUGAAUCUCAUGCUCAUUAAUAUUCUUCUUCUAAAGAUAAUCCAUCUCUUUCUUUCACAGGAAGUGGCUCAAAAGUAGCAUCCAAUCACUUUCUUCUAUUGAAAGUAAGAGAGAGAUUAAUAUUAUUAAAAGCAAGAAAAAAAAGAUAAUUAAGUUAGCUUUCACAAUUGAAUAACAAAAAGGCGUACACCAACUUUUUAUAUCAGGUCACUUUUGCUAAGCCAUUUUGUCAAUUGAUGUUCUUAUUACGACUUUGAAAUGGUCAGGGAUUCCCUGACUUAGAUAAUAUGGACAUCAAUGGGUUUCUUGUGCAAGUUUUGGUGUUCUUGGACACCAAUGAUACUGUUUUCUGCUGCUCCAUGGGACUGUGCAAUCCUUCGCCACCAGGAUAUUGUUGGAUUGCCUUUGUGUUUCAUUUAUGGUUGGUCUCUUCAAUUUUUAUGGCCUCUUCCUCAUCCAUCAGGAUUUCUUGACUCUCUAGCUGUGGAGAUACAUGAACUGAAGAGCAAAAGAGAUGAUAUUGAGAGAGAUGUGUCCAGAGCAAGGAGAGUGGGGAAGGAGCCAAGGAGCCAAGUUUUGUGGUGGUUAGACAGGGUGGAAUUACUUGAAACCAAGUUUGCCAAGACAAGAAGAGAGUUCGAGAGGAGGUUCAUGCUUCCAGGAGGGUUUGCAGUGAACAUAUUGUCAAGCUAUAGACUCAGUGUGAGAGCUAACGAAAUGAUCGCAGAGGCAUGUUACUUGAAGAGCAAAGGAUCCUUCAAUCAGGUGGCUAACAGGGCAGCUCCGAACCAUUUUGAGGAGGUGCCUAGUGCACCAACUGUGGGCAUGGAUGCUGUGCUUGCUCAGCUAAAGCAGGCUGUAGAGGAUGAUGCUGUGGGCCUUAUUGGAAUUUAUGGAAUGGGUGGUGUCGGCAAGACCGCUCUGUUGAGCAGAUUCCACAAUGAGUUCCUUGCAGACGCUACUGAUCUAGACAUGGUUAUUUUCAUCGACUCAUGUAGAGACCUUGAUGUCGAAAGCAUCCAAAAUAAGAUUCGGCAUCGGCUAGGCUUGUCAUGGAAGAAGAGCAAAUCACAAAAGGAGAAGGCAUCCAUGCUAUACAAGGUUCUCUUCAAGAUGAAGUUUGUAUUGAUCUUGGAUGAUCUUUGGGAGCCUUUGAGCCUUCAAAUGGUAGGAAUUCCCAUCCCCAAGCAGGGAUCGAGUUGUAAGAUCAUGUUAGCAACUCGAAUAGAAGAGCUCUGUGACCAGAUGGAUGUGAAGAACAAGAUCAAGGUGGAUCUCUUGCCUUGGGACACAGCUUGGAGGUUGUUCGCAGACAAGGUAGGUGAGGAGACGAUUAACUCUGAUCCAGGAAUCCGGCACCAAGCUGAGAUCUUGGUUAAAAAAUGUGGCGGUUUGCCGGUUGCUCUGAUCACAGUUGCGCGAGCUCUGGCUAGCAAAAGAAGUGUAGAUGAAUGGAAGCAUGCUGUGACAAUCAUGGGCAACAGCCCAGUCCAGCUCCCAGGAAUGGCAGAGCAGGUGUUCUGCUCUCUCAAGCUUAGCUAUGAUCAUCUGCCCAGUGACACACUGAGAUCAUGCGCCAUGCACUUUGCUCUCUACUGGGAAGGCUGCCGCCUUCAUAAGAACUUGAUUCAAGAAUACUGGAUCGGCGAAGGCAUUCUUGAUGACUUCAAGGACGUGGAGCAGGCUAACAAUAAAGCGUGCUACUUCCUUGGAAUCUUAAGCUCCGCAUCACUGAUAGAAAGAGUAGAUGCGGAUGGCUACACGAGGAUGCACCCCAUGGUCCGCGCCAUGGCCUUAUGGAUUGCAUGCGAGUUCGGGAAGAAGGAGAAUCAGUGGUUCGUGAGGGAAAGAGAAGGUUUAAUGGAGGCGCCCGAGGCAGAGACAUGGCGAAGCGCCGCAAGGAUGGCGUUGGGGUACAACAGCAUCACCGUGCUACCAGAAGCCCCCGAGAGCCUGAAUCUCGUGUCCUUGAAGCUGAAGAGCAACUUCGGCUUGGAGAGGAUUCCUGACGGCUUCUUCAGGUUCAUGCCAUGUCUCGUGGCCUUGGACCUCCAUUCCACCUCCAUCAAGGAGAUCCCAUCAGGAAUCAGCAACCUCCAACGUCUGCAGUUCCUUGAGCUCGGCGGGACAAAGCUCAAGUCUUUGCCCAAAGAAUUGGCUUCUCUCAAAAACCUGAAGUACUUGGGACUCAACUGGACCGCUGAGCUCGCCAGCAUUCCAGAGAGACUCAUCCAAUCGCUCUCCGAGCUGCGAGUACUGCGCAUGAUCGUGAGCUAUAGCUCAUGGAAGGCCAUCCCGGCGGGGGGCGGCAACGGCGUCAGCCUCAGGGAGCUCGAAGCCCUCAAGCGGCUGAGGGUGCUAGACAUCACGGUGGGGAACGCUUCGGCGUUCAAUAUGCUCACGCAGUCCCAGCGGCUGGCGCCGGCAACUGCGGCUUUGUUGCUCAAGGGAUGUCCAGGCCUGACGGCCGUGGAGCUCCCGUCGGGGCUCGGGCGGAGCAUGAAGAGCUUGAAGUGGCUUCGGUUGUCGCACUCGACCGAGCUGGAGGGGGUGUUGAUCGCCGGCGAUGGCCGAGAGAACGAUGGCGCUGCGCUUCCUGAGCUUGAGAAUCUGGUGCUGGAGUGUCUGCUCAAGGCUAAGAUCGUUUGGAGGAGCAGCUGCAUCCAACACCUUCGCGGACUGUACAUUUACGGCUGCAGCGGAAUGGAGCAGCUGAUUUGGUACAAGGACGAUGAUGAGUCCGACGCAGAAAACAGAGGCCGGAGGGGCGUCAGUCCGUUUCCGAACCUGAAGCAGAUUGCUUUCCGAGGGCUGCCGAAGUUGAAGAGGGUGAGUGAUGAGAGGCAGUUGGUGUUCCCCUUGCUGGAGAGCAUUGAGGUGGCGGAGUGCCCACAGCUGAAGAAGUUGAACUUGGUAGCCGAGAAGCUGAGAGAGAUCAGAUGCCACAGGUCAUGGUGGGAUCAGCUGGAGUGGGAAGAUGAUGCAGCCAGGUUCAGUCCCCAGAUGAUCCUUAAGCCACUCAACUGAUUAUUGUUGUUUUUUCUUUUGUUCGCCUGCUUCUGUUUCUCUGGUUGUUUUGUUUUUUGUGUUUUGCUGUUUGUUUUUUUUUUUUUUGUUUUUUUUGUUUUUGGUUUUCUUCUGGUCCUAGAGAAUGAUUUUUUUUUUAAACAAAAAUAAUAAAAUAAAGGAAACAACAAAACUGAUUAUUUUAUAGCUACUAUGAUUUUUAGUUAUUAUAAUGUGAAUUUAUCAUCUUCAUAUAAUUAACUGAUUAUUUCAGGAUUUAAUAUGUGUGACCGGAAAAUUUAAUAUCGAACAGUGCAAUUGAGGAAUAA